ACCGAUAAUGCACUGAGGCGUGCAAAGCUAUAUUUUGACAAAGUUUUGUAUGGAAACAAGUAUUUAAAGUAGCUGGCAGUACCGUUGCGCAGUCGCGCGAAAUAAUUAUUAAUGGUCGUUCUUUUAGGCUUUAGUUGGUUUGAUAGACAAUUUUGCCCGUGUUAUGGUAGCUCCAGUGUCCUAUGUAAGUGUCGGUUAUUUGAACGCCGGAGAAACCACGACGCUAGCUUGCGUUUUCAGCGCGCAGAGAGGCGAGCACGCCGUUAAUUCUCAGCGCUAGUAAAUUCUUACUCUGGUGAACAUGUCGGUGGAGUGAAUGUAUGAAGAGGAGGAAGAGACGGGCACGUUUCUUGAAGAUCUGGAGAAUUCUGUCAUUAUCAGGGUAUUUGACUGUCCCAAAAGAGAAGACUGCCGAAGACAAGACCUAAUGGAAACCUCACAAGACCUCAAUGAACAGCCAGUGAAGCAGCCCCACAGUGAAUCACAUGUUGCAGAACCUUCCAGCGUCAGGUCUAUGGAAAUGCAGGACCUAGCUAGUCCUCACAAUCGAGUCAGCAGCAGCGAUCCCUCUGGCUCCAAACUGGACAAGUCUAGCCUGAGCACUGCUUCGAUUACGUCCAAUGGAACGGGAGGCGAGAACAUGACUAUUCUUAACACAGCUGAUUGGUUGCUGGGUUGCAGCACCUCCUCCUCUGCCUCAAGUAUGAAGGACUAUGUCAAAACGGAGCCAAUGAACAGCAGCGAGACGGUCACCACCACAGGGGACGCGGCCCUGGAGACCUACGCCGGCUCAGUAAUAACCAGUAGUGGCUACAGCCCAAGAUCUGCACAUCAAUAUUCCCCUCCCAUAUACCCCUCCAAGCCGUACCCCCACAUCCUGUCCACGCCGACGGCCCAGUCCAUGACGGCCUACGCGGGGCAGACCCAGUUUCCCAGCAUGCAGCAGUCCACGGUGUACACGGCGUACUCCCAAACCGCACAGCCCUACGGCCUCUCCACGUACGAUUUGGGGGUGAUGUUACCGGGGAUAAAGACGGAGGGGGGGCUGGCCCAGACGCAGUCCACUCUGCAGACUGGCCUGAGCUACAGCCCUGGGUUCAGUACGCCCCAGCCGGGCCAGACGCCCUACUCCCCCUAUCAGAUGCCAGGCUCCAGCUUCACGCCGUCGUCGGGCAUCUACGCCGGCAACAACUCCGUGUCCAACUCCGCGAACUUCAGCAGCUCGCAGCAGGAGUACCCCUCGUACACCGCCUUCAGCCAAAACCAGUACGCGCAGUACUACUCGGCCUCCACCUACGGGGCCUACAUGACCUCCAACAGCACUGUGGACGGCACGGGCUCCGCCUCCUCCACCUACCAGCUGCAGGACACGGUGCCCACCCUGACGGGACAGGCCGGCGAGCUCCACCCAAGUGAAUUCGACACGGUGGCGAGCCCUUCCACCCCGAUCAAAGACCUGGACGACAGAACCUGCAGGAGCUCCGGGGCCAAAGCCAGGGGCCGGGGGAGGAAGAACAAUCCAUCACCGCCCCCAGACAGCGACCUGGAGCGAGUGUUCGUCUGGGAUUUGGAUGAAACCAUCAUCGUGUUUCAUUCCCUUCUGACCGGAUCCUACGCGCAGAAGUAUGGAAAGGAUCCUCCGAUGGCGGUGACCCUGGGUUUGCGCAUGGAGGAGAUGAUCUUCAACCUGGCGGACACACACUUAUUCUUCAACGACUUAGAGGAAUGUGACCAGGUUCACAUUGAUGACGUGUCUUCGGAUGAUAACGGCCAGGAUUUAAGUACUUACAGUUUUGCAACUGAUGGCUUCCAUGCAGCUGCAACAAGUGCAAGCCUCUGCCUAGCGACAGGUGUCCGAGGCGGGGUGGACUGGAUGAGGAAGUUGGCAUUUCGCUACCGAAGAGUAAAAGAGUUGUAUAGCACAUACAAAAACAAUGUCGGGGGUCUCCUGGGGCCGGCCAAGCGGGAUGCUUGGCUGCAGCUUCGUGCCGAAGUGGAGGGCCUGACGGACUCCUGGCUCACCAACGCACUUAAAUCACUGUCCAUCAUCAGCUCCAGAAGUAACUGCGUCAACGUUUUGGUAACGACAACACAACUCAUACCAGCACUGGCUAAAGUUCUGUUGUAUAGUCUAGGAGCUGCAUUUCCUAUCGAAAACAUCUACAGCGCAACCAAAAUCGGAAAAGAGAGUUGCUUUGAGCGAAUAAUGCAAAGGUUUGGGAGGAAAGUAGUGUAUGUUGUAAUUGGGGAUGGUGUGGAAGAGGAACAGGCUGCGAAAAAGGUAACGACUUCGGUGAAUGUUGGUGUGCCCGUCUUAGAGCCGGCGAUCUCGCCGCCACCUUUUGUUGCCGUAGUUUCCUGUUUGCUCAUGAAUACAGAACGACGCGGCCGGCUUGCCGCGGCUUCUCGACGCAGAAAAGUCAUCUAUAUUCAUGGCCUGCAUCCUCCUUUGGUUUCACUUGUGUGUGCUUCCCCGGCUUCUCUUCCCUCUGUGUGUGAUAGCUCUGAAUGCUAGCGUAGCCUACCGUAGCCUUCCUUUUACGGGCCGUCGGAGCUACAGGUUACACGCAGCACUUGAAGUCAUAUGUUCAAGUAACGGCUUUUUUUGUAUCACCAACCUGUUUUCAGUGAAAACGAGAUUUAUGGCAUUUGAAUGACUCGCCAAAGUAAAAAAAAAAAAACUAAAUAUAAAAAGCCUACAGUGAUUCUAGUCACAAUACAAUUAGGCUACGUAAUUGAAAUGGAAUCCGCAAAUUCAGUUCGUCCAAUUUGAUGUUAAUCCUUGUGUAUAGAUUUUAAGCUGUGUUGUGCAAGCAGAUGUUAACUGAAAACAGGGUAUUAUAAUUCCACAAGAAAAUUGAAAUGUAUUUAAAUAAAUGUUUUAUCUUUUAAGUUUUAAGUGCAGAGUAUACUGUCAAUGUGUACGAGUCAAUUACCAAAGCAGUUGGUACUGUUUCAAAAUAUGUAGAAGAGCCCUGCUAAAAUAGCGUUAUAGUGUCUUGAGAGACUUUAUUAGUGCAUCCGUGUAAUGCAUAUCGUAAGAAUCGCAGCGAAAGUAGUUUAUUUCUUACUUGGACUAUCGUUGAAACUGUCAGGGGAAGUUGCAAACACAAGGUGAUGUAUUUCUUUAAACUAUGAUCACAAUUCCUCUCUCUCUCGUGGGCUCAGUCAUUUCCGGUGCCGAAAAUAUCUGUCAAAUUAAAGCAUCACUACGACAGGACAUUCUCGACAAAUGUGUUUAUAUCACCAUGUGCUUGUUCUGUUCCUAAAAUAAUACAAAAUAAUUUGUGGAUUUGCCAGUUGUAUAAUUUUGUCCACUUGUGAUUGAAACGUCCGCACAGUGACAUGUUUGUGGAUGGACAAGUUUUACAUAUUGUUUGAAUUCUUGUGCUGGUGUUCUUUAUUAAAAGUAGUACAAGACGAUCUGUCCAAAGACAACACUAAAAAGAUUAAAACAUAAUGUAUGAAGCUGAAUUUAAAAAAAGGAAUUUUCAAGUUCUGCUUUCACAUAUUAUUCGUGUGUCUGCAUAUCCGACUGUGGGUUUGAUCCUGUUGUUUUCUGUGGGCCUUUACUGGGUGGUGGUGCACCUGGCUGAGGGAUCUGCAUGUGGGUGUUUGAGGUGCUUUUGAAAACACGUAGACUGGCCCAAAAACUAUGCAUGAAUUGAGUGGUGUGGGGGUUUUGCCUACAAAUUAAUUUCAUAUGGGUGUGCUGCAUAUGUGUGCGUUUUUCUCCACAGCUGAACGCUGCCUUAGUCUCCAUAAGUCUAACCCCCUUCUGUCUCCCGACAUAGCACAACAUGCCCUUCUGGAGAAUAUCCAGCCAUUCUGACCUGCUGGCACUACACCAAGCACUGGAACUAGAGUACCUGUAAAUGUACAGUAAUAAAGCUGGAAGUCCCUUUUUGUAUAUCUAUUUAAAACAACAGUACACUGCAAUGUUUUAUUUUUAUUUUAUUUUUUCCCUUUUUCGUCUGUGAUUUUUUUGAACCUCUGGCUUUUAAAGAUGAACUGUCUGUAAGAAGACAAGGACUCUCUACUCGUGAGCAGGAGUUUGGACUGCCAGAUGUUGAAACCCUUGUACAUCAGUACGAUGCGGUGGUUUUUUUCUCCCCCUUUUGGAAGCAAGACAGGUGUGAAGGAGGCUGUUCGUCACAGAGCUGAACAAACUACCGGACACUUCCCUCCUUUCCUUAAGAGGACACUGAUUGGUCGGACUUCGAACCCCCGGAUUUAUCCCAAGUGGAACCUACCCCUGAACAUUUUCAAAAAAGCAUUUACUGUACCCACUUACACCACCCCCUACUCCCCAAGCAGAACUAGCAAUAGGUCUUCACUCAUUAAUGACAAUCAAGUCUAGAACUAUCAUAUGUGUAAAUUAUUUUACGUUUACUAGUUUUAAUGUGGAAAUGGAUGUGUGUUUGAGAAUGAAAAACUUAAAUUUGUCCUUUUUUUUGUAAGUUUUUUUUUUUUUUUUGCUGAGGAGGAAUGUGUAUAAGGAUUUGUUGUGCCUUAAAAAAAACGUUUGUGUGUUACAUUGUAAUUUUGUUUUUAAAAAAGGUAUGUAGAUAAAAAAAAAACAACCCUUUGUGAUAAGUUUUUUUUUUUUUUUUUUUUGACAUGACCAAAUUUGAUAAGAAUCCGAGUUGCAGUGCUGAUUCAGAACAACGGCAAUCAGAGAAAGAAAAGUCCGGAAUAAAGCAGUUUGUGUUCAGUCUCUUCCUCUUCAGCGGUUUAAACAGUGGCGUCAAUGACUCAACUCCUUUCAUGGACACACACACACACACACACACACACACACACACACACACACACACACACACACACACACACACACACACACACACACACACACACACACACACACACACACACACACACACACACACACACACACACACACACACACACACACAC